CUCCCUCACUCUCUCGCCUCACUCUCCCCCAAGAAAUACAAAACAAAACCCUAACCACAAAAAAUCCUUCGCCUAUGGACAAACCCUAACCCUAAUUGAUGGAUCUCAGUCUCUCAUCAUCGCCAUCUUCAUCUCAAUGGCUUCCUCCGUCUGCUUUCGCCCUCCUAUCUCCUCUCCUCGCGUCUUCUCCCAUCAAUUCCGAGAUCGCCGUCGGCGCCCGNCGUUGAGCGGAGGAGGCCGAGGGGCGGCGGUUGUAUGGUUGAAGCGUGAUCUUAGGGUUGAUGACCACUUGGGGUUUGUUGAUGCAGUUAAAGAGAAUCAAGUAGUCGUGCCCGUUUAUGUCUUCGAUCGUCGGAUUCUAUCAAGUUUCUCUGAUGAAAUGCUAGAAUUGCUCAUUUUUGCAUUGCAAGAUCUAAAAAAGCAGCUGAAGGAUCAGGGAUCAGAUCUCCUUAUUGGCUUUGGUAGUGCAGAAGACGUCAUAGUGAAACUUGUGAAUGAGGUUAAAGCUACCCACAUUUUUGUGGAAGAUGAAGUAGAACAUAAUAUUCGUAGUGUUGUUGAUGGUGUUGAAUCAUCCUUGUCAGCUGAAAAUUUUCCAUGGGGAAGCCCAGAGUUUGUGCUAUGGAGAACUCCAUUCUAUGAUGUGAAGAACUUGAAGGAGAUACCUCCAUCAUAUAAUGGUCUCCAAAAGCUGAAAUUGCCGCUGUCUAAUCCAGUCUCAGCCCCAGCACUACCUGUGCUGAAUCUGGAACUACCUAGAGGUACUUUACCUACAUUUGAUGAUGUAAGGAAGUAUAUGAAGGGAAUGGCAUGUGAAGAAGAUGAGAAAUGGAUUUCUGUAAAGAGAACAUCAGCUAAAACCAUAUUGAGAAAAGAGAAGAACAGUCAAACUGUAAUGAAAACUGAUAUUAUUAAUGGCAUAGAAAAUUCUGAAGGAAACAGUUCUGAAGUCACAUUGGCAUACAACAACUUACGAUGGAAACUGGAAAAGUCUGUGUUUGCAUCACAAGGAGGAAAUCAAGUUAGAGGUGGAACCAAUACUGUAUUGAAUGCUUUAUCUGCUUAUUUGAGAUAUUUGGAGGGAACAGCGAGGGAUGAUUGGCAGGAAUUACAUGAUAAAUUGCGCAUGGUUGAAAGUAGACGUGGGGCUUCAUUUGCUGGCCUUUUCGGAACUGCCCUUUAUCUUGGAACUAUAUCGAGGAGGAGAGUGCAGUAUGAAGCUAUAAAGUAUGAGAGAGAACGUAAUGGAGGCUUUCUGUCUCCCUUUGGAUACUCAGCAGCAACUGUUGAAGCCGCAGUUGACACUGUUUGCUCGAUGGAGUGGUAUUGGCUCAUUGCAUUGAAGAGCCAAAAGUUCAAGGAUACGAUAUUUCCCAUAAGAGUAUGGAGAUGGAAAGGCCAUCUGAUUCAGUAUACAGUUGUUGGUGAUAAAGGUCCUGCCAUUCUUUUUGUUCAUGGUUUUGGAGCAUUUUUGGAGCAUUUCCGCGAUAAUAUAUCUUGUAUGGCUAAUCGGGGACAUCGAGUUUGGGGAAUCACGCUUUUAGGCUUCGGGGGGUCGGAGAAGCCAAACCUUGCAUACACAGAACUUACAUGGGCAGAAUUAUUGAGGGACUUUAUUGUUGAUGUCGUGGGUGAAUCUGUGCAUCUUGUUGGCAACUCAAUUGGUGGUUAUUUUGUCGCUGCUGUGGCUGGUUUGUGGCCUAUUUUGGCUAAGUCAGUCGUUCUUAUAAACACAGCUGGUUCAGUGGUACCAAAUUAUCCUUCUGUCCAGUUAAUUGAGCCAGCACAAAGACCUGGGAAUGGGAUCGCAUGGCUAGGCAGUCGCCUCCUGCUGCUGUACUUGAGAUUCAGAGCUGAGGACAUUCUGAAGAAGUGUUAUCCAUCUUGCACUGAACGAGUUGAUAGCUGGCUCAUUAGCGAGAUACUAAGAGCUUCAUAUGAUCCUGGAGUUCUCGUGGUUCUAGAAAGUGUGUUCAACUUCAACCUUCGAGUUCCUCUUAAUCGUUUUUUGGACUCCUUUGGAGGAAUGGUCUUGGUAAUACAGGGGAUGAGAGAUCCAUUAUCAGACUCUAAGUUGAGAUUGUCCAAGCUCAGGGAGAACUGCAGCUGGGUUAGGAUAGAAGAAUUGGAUGCAGGUCACUGCCCUCACGAUGAGGUGCCAGAGAAAGUGAAUGACAUAUUGAUUGAAUGGGUGAAGACUGCAGAAGCGGAGAGCACGAAGACAUAUGAAGUUAAUAGCAGCCUUCAAGCUGUCAAUAUAACCUAAUGUUAUACCCUGUUAUAUUUUAAAUGUAAGGUAUAUGUCAUUGUGUAUAUGUUUUAUUUUUGAAUGUGUUUAGUAUUGUUGAACCUCAGAGCUUAUGAACGAUUCAUCAAAUGUAACCAAUAUUUCUCAUUGGUUUGACAAUAUUACGCAUGUCACACAGCAAGGCUGGAAAUGGGUUCAGGGUGGCCCUCAGCUGUAUGGAAUUAUUUUUGGCAUAGGAACGUAA